AUGUUUAUUCUACCACACCAUAUUUUAUUCUUAUUUAUUCUGUUAUUUAGAAUAACCAUAGUUGCAUGUUCUAACUCCUGAUUUUCAAUGUGAUUAGGGCUAGAGAUAAAUAUAUUAUCUUUUGUGACUUUGUUAAUAACAAGAGUUAAUAUACGUGAGGCUGAAUCUGGUAUUAAAUAUUUUCUUGUUCAAGUAUUAGGUUCUAUUGGGUUUUUAUUUGGGAGUCUAAGAUUAGGUUGUUCUGGUUUCUUCUUCUCUUUUAACGAGUUCUUAUGAACCUACUUAAUUUUUUUUUCACUCUUAUUAAAAAUUGGUGUUGGACCUUUUCAUUUUUGAUUUCCUGGGGUAAUAGAAGGGAUUAAUAUAAUUAAUUGUGGAAUAUUAAUAACAUGACAAAAGUUAGGACCUUUUUGUAUUUUGAUUGAUUUACAAAACUCAAUUAUAAAAUCUGUUUUAGUAGUUUUCGCAAUAAUCUCUGGGUUAGUUGGAGGACUAGGUGGUCUCAAUCAAACAAGCUUACGCAAACUUCUAGCCUAUUCAUCAAUUGGGCACCUUGGUUGAAUACUUGGAGCUAUUUUUAUUUCCAAUACCAUCUGAAAGACUUAUUUUUUAACCUAUAGUUUUUUAAGACUAAGAUUGAUUUUAAUUUUAUUUUUCAUGGGAUUUACUCAUAUUAAUCAAGUAUUUUCCUUUGGGUGAGAAAAAACAACUGAUAGUUUAAUAAUUAUAAUAAUAUUUUUAUCCCUGGGGGGUCUACCCCCAUUUGGGGGGUUUUUAAUAAAAUGAGUUGUUUUUAAUGGUUUAGUUAACAAUGGGUUAUUUCUUUUAAGAACCAUUCUAAUUUCAAGAAGUUUACUGAAUCUUUUUUAUUACCUGCGUGUUUGCUAUUCAUUAAGAUUAAUAGGAAGAGAUGCACCUUUAUGAGUAUCAAUAAACACAAGAACUAAUAUUUCCAUUUGGGUAGUAUUGUCAGGUGUAAUUAGAAUUAUUAUUCUGUUUAGCUCUUCUUUUAUUUUAAUAUUAAUAUAA